CUGCCGUUUGGGGCUUGUCCUCCCCGCCUUCCGAGCACCCUCUCCCAGGAUAAGACGCCGUCUCCGCCGGUGGUGGAGGGGCAGCUCCCCGGACCCCUUCCUUCCCUCUCUCCUCGCACCCCGUCCCUGACCCCGGUCCUCCUGGGCUGGAGGCCAGCUCCAUGCGAGAUUGGAGGAGGGAGUUUGGCCAGGGAUGGGAUUUAACAAAUUCCUGGGGGACCCUGAUUCUCAGGGAAGAAUGGCAGUGACCCAGCACGGAUUGGGGACCCAGUCAGGCAGCCCAGAAAAAGGGAGAUUAUGUACAAACAGAUGUAAAGACCCACUAAUAACAUAUGCGAAUCUGUCUACGAGGCUGGGACAGGAUAUGAGAUAUCCCCGACCACUACUCCACCGGAAUAUGUUCCAGUUCAUCCGAUGUCACAUCACAAGGUUAAGAGAUAUGGAGAUCUCCACAAGGAUUUGGAGGAGAGUCCCAAUAAUUAUUAAAAUUUUGGACUAGAUCUAUUAGGAAAGCUUUGCAGGUAGAUGGACUAUAAGGCACUUGCCCAAGAAACUGCUCAAGAAAUUUUAAGAUACAAUCAAGAUACAUCAGGCUGGAAAGUGGUUAAGACUUCAAAAAAGAUAACUGUUUCCAGCAAGGCUUCCAAAAAGUUCCAUGGAAAUCUAUAUCGUGUUGAAGGAAUAAUUCCAGAGCCAACAACUAAACUAUCCGAAUUCCUCUACAAACCUGAAAACAGAGUGACAUGGGAUAAAUCAUUGAAAGUGUACAACAUGGUACACAGGAUUGAUUCGGAUACAUUCAUAUGUCAUACCAUUACACAAAGUUUUGCCAUGGGUUCAAUUUCCCCCCGAGACUUUAUCGACUUAGUAUACUUCAAGCACGACGAAGGGAAUAUGGAUAUCAUCAGUUGUAAGAGUGUGGAUUUUCCAGCUUACCCUCCAUCAUCAAAUUACAUCCGUGGUUAUAACCAUGCUUGUGGCUACGUAUGUUCUCCUCUGCAAGAGAACCCAGCACAUUCCAAACUAGUGAUGUUUAUCCAGACAGAAAUGAGAGGAAAACUGUCCCCAACAGUAAUUGAAGCAACCAUGCCUUCCAGCUUAGUAAGCUUCAUCCUCAAUGCAAAAGACGGAAUAAAGGCACAAAAAAUUCCAUCAGGACAUGGAUGUCAUCAUAACGGUCAUUCAUCAUUCCUAAGGAAGAAAUGAGGCCAUAGAAAAGCAUGUGUGGCAAUUAACUGCCACUCACCUCCAAGUCAAUGUGCAUAAAUGCUGUUAAACUAUUCUAGACAGUACCCUUGUACAAAUUACUGAAGGCAGUUUGUGAAAAUAGGAACUCAUAGUUGUACAGGAGAACAGCAUUCAACAUAGUUUUAAAUCAUAUAAGAAUGAUGUUAAUAACAACUGUCCUUUAAUGCACUUUUAUCUUUUGUUUUGUGCCCCCUGGAAAAUGCCCUGCAAAACAAUCAGUAAGAAAACAUACACAGUGAGAGGUCAGCAUUAAUUAAAAAUUAAAAUAUAU